AUGGAGCCGCAGUCGAUCACUUCCAACGAGCUCAAUUAUAUCGUCUUCCGAUACUUGCAGGAGUCAGGUCCUUCAUCUCUUCCUGUCUCCAUGCCGCUGUCUCUGUCUGUAUGUCUGCCUGUCUCUAUUGCGUAUAUUUGUUCUUGUUCUUUUUUUGGGUAGUAGUCUCCGUUUCUGAUCUAGGGUUUCUGGGAGUUCGUCUAGUGACAUGGCUUAAAUGAGGGUAUUAUUUUUUCCCCCUUUUUUCACGAUUCGCAGCGGUGAAGUCAAUUCACGUCUCCGCUAGAUCCGUGCGUUUGUUAAAUUUUCCUCGUUUUUCCGUGUUUGGAAUACCACACAGGCUGAUUUUGUAUUCUGCAUUUUCUCUCAAGUCAGUAUUUUGCUGAAAAUUUGAAUUAUAGGAUAAAUAGGCAUUACCCUUUAUUUUCUGAGAGGAGAACAUGAGAAGAACGUUUGCUUUUGAAAGUGCGUGUGAGAAGAUAUUUCUUCCGUUUGCUUUAAAUAUAUGCCAUGUGUACACUUUUAGACAUUUUUCUAUGAGGGAGAGUUGUAGAAAAAAUUAUUGCUGGAAGUAAAUCAAGUCUGUCCUCCCCAACCCGGGGAAUGACCAAGGGUUUUAUAAACCGUCCAUGUCUCAUCCAGGGGCCCCACAUUUAAAAGUUUAUGAAUGGGUAGUUUCUUGUCUUUUUCCCGUAAAACGAUUGGAAUUAUUCACUUAUAAAUUUUAAAAAUACAAAAAACUACUGGGUUGCUUUAAGAGGGUUACGCUUCAGUUUAACUGAAGAUUUUAUACAUUCAUUUUCUGUUCCCAAAUCCUAACUCAGAGAACAGUUGCCGGUGGGAAUACCAUGAAUCUUGGGCAUUGUUCAUCUACAGUUUCUGGAAGCUCCCCCAAUGUUUCUUCCUGCAUUUGCAUAAUCUAAUGCUAAUUCUGCAUGCGUGUUUCAAAUCUAAUCUGAUAAAUAUGGUUGGGUAACACAAGAAAGAUUCUUGACUGAAAAUAGUGAAUGUGAGCUCAUUCUUUUGAAGGUAAAUUUUAACCUCUCGGCACUUGUAAUUUCUUAGCUGGAUGUGUAGAUGACCAUAGAACUGGAAUAUUGGCUUGCACAAUGAUAGUUAUCUUAAUUUUUUUUUGCCAACUUUCAUUGCAAAAAUUCCAACUUUUAUAUUUCAUAUUUCUCUUUGGACCCUACUAUAUGUUAUGUUAUGGCAACUAAUGCAACGAACGCAUGUAUGGCUCUUAAUAUAGGUCUUCACUAAGAAAUCCAAGCGACACCGAGACUCUCUUUUUCUUAUGGCUGGUAUUAAUAUUGCUUUCAGGCUUCACACAUUCAGCAUUUGCUUUAGGAUAUGAGUCAGGGAUUAACAAACUGCCUACUGAUGGAGAGUUGAUCCCACAUGGUGCUCUUGUUACUUUUGUCCAGAAAGGUCUUCGUUACAUAGAGUUGGAAGCAAAUUUGGGUGCUGUAAGUUCAUCUGGUUUUGAAAAUACAAUUCAAUAGUUUUUACACUGCAAUGACUUUCAAUCCUUUUUUUUUAAAGCAAUUAUCAUAUGUGCUAGUUUAUUUAUUUUUUUCUCAGCUAUUUGUUUCUUUUUUUUUCAGAAUGAUCCAGAUGGAGAUGCUGAUUUUUCUUUUUUGCAACCUUCGGACCUUAUUACAAAGGGCGUUAAUGAAUUGCGAGACAUCAUAAAAGAGAGGAAGGCAAAUUUUCAAAAUGAGCGGAAGAAUGACAAAGAGAAAGCUAAGGAUCGAGAAUAUGGGAAUGAAAGAGAUAGAGAAGCACCUGAGAAAGAAAAGGAAAACGGAAAAGAGAAGGGUAAAGAAAAAAUAGAAACGAAUAAAGAACAGGAGACGGAUAAGCAAGAAGAGCGUACACAUAAGGAAUUGCCUAGAGAUCGUGAGGAUAAAAUAAAAAACAGAUCUGAAGAUGGAGUCUCUAGAGGUGGGGAAAAAUGUUGUUUUGGUUUUGUUCUCUACAAUGCAACAAUUUCAAGUUUUUUUUCCAUUUUUGCGUCUAUGUGAGUUAUGUGGUCAUCAGCGAUUAAAUUAAAUGCGAUUCGGUGGGUUAGGCCACGGGUAAUUCAGUUUAGAGUUUCUUGAAAACAUGACGAGGAGAGAGAGAGGAUGAGUGUCUUUGCAGAUGCAUCACUUGGCGUAUGUUAUGUGCCUGCAUUUCCAAUGCAGUUUCCUAAAUUACGUUUUUAUAUUUGUGCUGAUGAAGAGUCAAUGAGAAAUACUGAUUUGUUCCUUUUCCCUGUUUGCACUUUUUCCUCAAGUUGUGGUUUAUCUAUUUUUUUUGCACUUUCUUUAUCUGAAUUAUAGUGAGACGUAUUAUUACUCAAUCAGGAAACGUAUUGAAGUAUUGGUAUGAUAUGUUUUCUAAGUUAUUAAUUAGAUUAGUUGUUAGGAUGAUAUGAAUUUUUUUGGAGGUGCCAUUUAUUUACUCAAAGCAGAUGUACUGAAAUAUAUGCACAGCACGUUUGCCAAGCGUUAUUAUUUUUUAUUUCUUAUCUAUUUAAGUAUAUUUAACUUUGGGGGGAUGUUUUUGGUGAUACAUUCUCACUUUGUGAAAAUUUAUGAAUUAUUCCCUUCCAGAAUUUUCAACUUUUUGCGAAGUGUUUCACGGAUGAUCCAUUUAAUUGCUAAAAGGCAUUUAUCCUCCUAUCAAGAUCACAAAAGCUAGGCAAUUAGACUCAGGAUGGAAGGCUGCCAACCACAUUAGCUGGUCCAAAGGGAGAAAUGUCUUGAGUUCGGAAAGUCAAACAUUUUUUCAACAAUUUAGAGAUGCAUACCCAUCCAUAUAGAUAUUUGUGUAUUCGGGAAAUAAAUUAAAAGUUCUUAAAGACUUCUUAACAUAGAAGACUACACCCCCUUUUAACGACUUUUAAACUCCCACCUUCUCUUCUUCAUCAAACCUCAUUGUUGUCAAGGAAAUCCCAGCCUUUUCAACAAUGUGGAUAUCAGCCAGAGUAGGCUGGUACUAAUUUGCUUUAGACAUCUAAUAACGGUAUCAGUCUUAGUAAAUGAUAGAAAAAUGAUAUUACUAUUCUUGUACUCAAUCUAGCUUAAAAGAUCCUUAUGUUGAUGAUGUUAAAAAUGUGUUCGAGUUACAGAUUGUUUUUUCCCCCAAAUAAAUGAUACUUAACUGUAAUUUUUAACCCGUACACUAGCUGACAGCUUUCCAACUUGUUGACUUUUUCCUUUUGUUUGAGAUCCCAAUGCAUGCCCUCUUCAUGUGAUGGAGAAGGUGAAGAUUUGUGGGAAAUAUGCAUAGAAUAUCUUCAGUUCUCAUAUUAAAAAAAUUGCGCUUUGUAUCUUGUUGAAAUAGAAUGGCUUCUUUCUCUUUCUUUUUUCCCAGUUAUUGGCCCUGUGAACAACAGUCGUUCUCAGACGUUUGAACUGCCACAUAUUGGUAUGAAGGUGUUGGCUUAUGGUCUCUACCCUGUUGCUCCUAAUAGUAAUAUUGGCAGUUUUGUAGAGCUAACUGAUGCAUUUCCACCUUCUUCUUUAUUUUCUUUUGUGGCUGUUUUAUUACGUCACGCUUUCAAUUCUUGUUCUUACCGUUCCAUUUACUCUUUUUCCUCAAUUUAAACAUUGACAUAAUCUUUAUUUUAUAAGAAGACAAGAGUUAUCCCAUAUUAUUAUUAUUAUUUUGAUAGGCCCGGAUUCAAUGGAAAUCUGUACCAAUGCUGUACCUUCGUGUACUGAAGUUCCAAGCUCUGAUGUGACCAUUUUGGAAGGGCACACAUCAGAGGUCAGAAAAUUUCACAUAUUCCUAUGAUCAAAUAUUUUUAAAAAAUGCCAUUUUUUGAAUUAUUCUUUAAAUUAUUUCUCAUGUUUUCCAUAUAUAGGUUUUCUCAUGUGCAUGGAGCCCAAUAGGUUCUUUUCUGGCUUCCGGGUGGGUAUAUCUCUGCGGCCUUAGCACGGUGAAAGACACCUAUUUUUGGUCUCCUUGGUCUCUUUCUGGGUCUUUUGGUACACGACAUUGCAGUUCUUAGAUCUGGCUGUGCUUUUGACUUUCACUUUAUUUGGUAUCUUCUCUCACUGCAAUCAUUUUUUUGACUCGUUACAUUACAUGCUUCCUUCUUGUGUACAUAAUCUUUCCUACUCAUUAUAAUUCUCAAGCCAUUUAUUGCCACAAGGCACGAAUCCUUGCUAACGUUCUCAGUCCAAGUUCCCCUUCUGCCUUCCUCCCUCCCUGUUUAUGCGAAGCAUUUAUUCAUUUAGGGAAAAAUAUGAAACACCAGAACUUGGUUUUUUUUUUUCUUGGGUUUUCAUCCCUGACAAAUAGUCGAGUAAUGAAUUAAACCCUUCUCUUAUAUAUAUAUAGAUAUAUAUAUAUAUAUAUAUAUAUAUAUAUAUUACUUUUUAAGUGUGGACUUCUCAUACCCAGUUUAUGCGAAGCAUUUAUUCAUUUAGGGAAAAUAAAACACCAGAAUUUUGUUUUUCUUUUUUGGGGUUUUCGUCCCUGACAAAUAGUCGAUUAAUAUAUUAAACCCUUGUUUUUUAUUUUUUUUAUUUUUUUAAUGUGUGCUUAUCUCAUGCCCCCUUUCUGUGGGCUCUUUCCUGCAUCGUGGAGGGUUAAGUGGGUUCUGGAGGAGUUUUUUUUUUUUUUUUUUUAAAUAACUAAAAAACCGAGGAAAAAGUGGGUACUUGUCUGAAUGGGAGAUGCUUUUCGUCCAUGAUCUUUCUCCCUCCGUUGUACUCUUUGUGCCAAACAGGUCCGGAGAUUCAACGGCUCGGAUCUGGACCAUCCCACCCGGGCACUGUGGUUCGGCUUCAAGGAACGGACCAACUUUCAACUCGGUGGUCCUGAAACACUUCAAGGGUAGAACUAACGAGAAAAGCAAAGACGUUACUACCCUCGAUUGGAAUGUGAGUUGUGAUGCCCUUUUUUUUAAUUAUUAAUACUAUUAUUUUCCCUUUUUAUAGUGUUAAUGGGGAAUUAUUCACCCGUUGAUGCCAUCUUUUGAUGCCUUUCAGUACGAUGGGACGCUACUCGCCACGGGUUCAUACGACGGCAAUGCCAGAAUCUGGAGCAGAGAAGGUGGGGGGGUUCCUUCUUAUCAGCUGGUCAACGCACGAAGACUUUUAAGUUAUAUGAUAGAUUAGGAAGGUCUUUCUUUUCUCCGUUAGUCAGAUGCUUGCUUUCCACUGGCCACCACAGUUGACCGACCCUCUUCUUCUGACCAGGGGAAUUGAAGGGCACUCUGACCAGGCACAAGGGACCGAUAUUCUCCCUGAAAUGGAACAGGAAGGGCGACUGCCUGGUGAGCGGGAGCGUCGACAAGACGGCCAUCGUGUGGGACGUGAGGAGCGGGGAGCCCAAGCAGCAGUUUGAUUUCCACUCCGGUCAAACUCUCCCUCCCCCCCCCGCCCCCCUCUUUCCAUUUACGACCUCAGGUGCGCCACAUCAGCAGGAUGGUUGACUCUGUGUGUGUGUGUGUGUGUUUGUGUGGGACCCACUCUUCUUCCUCUUCAGCCCCAACGCUUGACGUGGACUGGAGGAACAACGUCUCCUUUGCUUCGUGCUCGACGGAUAAUAUGAUCUACUACUGCAAGAUCGGAGAAACUCGUCCCCUCAAGGCCUUCUCCGGGCACCAGGUUUUAAUUCUUCUGAAAUUAUUAUUAUUAUUAUUAAAUUUUCAAUUUUUAAAUAAUGUGCGUGUAUUUUUUAUAAUAUUGACUUUAUUUCCAGGGUGAGGUCAAUGCCAUCAAGUGGGAUCCCACGGGUUGUCUGUUGGCGUCGUGCUCUGACGACAUGACUGCCAAGGUGAUCUUCUAUGGGAGGGUCCGGAGAUCGUUUCCCGAAUUUUCCGGAAGAGUUUGGGAAAAUAGGAAGAUUGUUCACCACGUUAAUUGAUCAAUUUUUAUUUUAUUUUAUUUUCAGAUUUGGAGUACGAAGCAGGACAAGUAUGUUUACGAUCUCAAGGACCACCAGAAGGUUUGGCGUUUCUGUCCUCAAGGCCGGUCAAAGGUCCCUAGAUCGAUUCAUCUGUUGGAUUAUUCUAGAACCAGUUUUUUCGACGCACUUCCCUUUUGUAGGAGAUUUACACUAUAAGGUGGAGCCCUACUGGCCCCGGCACCAGCAAUCCCAAUCAGCAGCUGAUGCUGGCGAGGUAUGCCGAUUAACAACCCUCAUUCUCCAAUCAGUUCCUCGUGUUCGUCGAUCACCUCUGUGUCCUCCGUCAACGAUUUGGUCAAAUAUUUGACGAAAUCGUGAUCAGGAUUAGCAGUAACUUGGAUGAACACUUACUUCCUGACCAUUUUUUAAUUUAUUCUCAUUAGCCUAGGUUGGAACAAGUUGUGAUCGAGAUUACUUGAAGAUCUGGUGUGAACUUCCUCUACUGAUCCUGAGGAUGGAUGAUUCAACACCUCUAAUUUUAUUUUAUUUUAGGAUUUUUUUUUGCGUGUGUUGGAUAGUCAAUUUUUUUUCUUCUCAUAAAAAAUAAAAUCGGUACCUUUUUUUUGUAGUAGCAUUCAUCUGAUUAAUCUUGUCAUCGCGUUUCCGAUCAUCCAGCGCCUCCUUCGACUCGACUGUAAAGCUGUGGGACGUGGACGUCGGGAAGCUCCUCUGCACCUUGAGCGGCCACAGGUACGAUGGAUGGAUCAACCGAUUCUCCCUCUCUCUGUCGUCUUCGUAUUGGAGGAGAGGUCUUCUCGAUCUGAACGAUUCUCUUGCGGGCGGCAGCGCGGCGGUGUACUCCAUCUCCUUCAGCCCGAACGGCGAGUUCCUGGCCAGCGGCUCGGUCGACCAGAGCCUCCACGUCUGGUCGCUCAAGGAGGAGCGGAUCGUGCGGACCUUCAGCGCCGGCGCCGGCGGGAUCUUCGAGGUCUGCUGGAACCGCGACGGCGACAAGAUCGCCGCCUCCUUCGCCAACAGCACCGUCUGCGUCCUCGACUUCCGGCUCUGA